UUCAGAACAAAGCGAGAGAGACUCUGAGCAGGUCAUCAUUUUAUGGAGAGAGAGGAAUAAAUCUAAUUCAGAGGAAACACAGUUUCCAGCUGAAACCUGUAGGAGGAGACAUGAGCUCCAAAAUGAGUUCCUCUGGAGAACAGCACACAGAGAAAGACCAGAGUGUGAUUCAGAGAGAGAGAUCAGACUCACCUGAACCCAGCUGUGUGUCCAUGAAGAGUGACCGAUCAAUGGAACAUCCAAUGAAGUUCAGAGAGGGCGAGUGUUCUCCAGUUGUGAGUGUGAUUAACAGAAUGAGAUCAGACUCACCUGAGCCCAGCUGUGUGUCUAUGGAGCUGGUUAUUUUGUAUCAGAAAAAACUCAGAUCCAAAUUGAUGAAGAAAUUUGACAGAAUUAAUGAAGGAAUCUCCCAGCAUGGAACAUCAACCCUUCUGAAUGAGAUCUACACAGAGCUCUACAUCACAGAGGGAGGAAGUGGAGAGGUCAGUAAUGAACAUGAGGUUAGACAGAUUGAGGCUGCAUCCAGGAGACCAGCAACAGAGGAGAAACCCAUCAAAUGCAAUGACCUCUUUAAAGACAGACCCAUCAGAACUGUACUGACGAAAGGAGAUGCUGGAAUUGGAAAAACAGUCUCUGUGCAGAAGUUCAUUCUGGACUGGGCUGAAGGAAAAGCUAAUCAGGACAUCCACUUCAUAUUUCCACUUUCUUUUAGGGAGCUGAAUUUGAUGAAAGACAAAGAGUUCAGUCUGAUGAAGCUUCUUUAUCAUUUUUUCCCAGAAAUAGAAGAAUUAAGAUCCAUAGACUGUGAUUCUUACAGAGUCAUGUUCGUCUUUGAUGGUCUGGAUGAGUGUCGACUUUCUCUAAAUUUCCAGAACAAUGAGAGCUUAGGAAACAUAACAAAUUCAGCCUCAGUGGAUGUGCUGCUGACAAACCUCAUCAAGGGGAAUCUGCUUCCCUCUGCUCUCCUCUGGAUAACCUCUCGACCAGUGGCAGCCAAUCAAAUCCUACCUGAGUGUGUUGACCUGGUAACAGAGGUACGAGGGUUCAGUGACCCUCAGAAAGAGGAGUACUUCAGGAAGAGAAUCAGUGACCAGAGCCUGGCCAAUAAAAUCAUCUCACACAUGAAGUCCUCAAGAAGCCUCUACAUCAUGUGCCACAUCCCAGUCUUCUGUUGGAUUGCAGCCACUGUUCUAGAGAGAGUGUUGGGUGAAGCAGAGAAUGGAGAGAUCCCAAAGACUCUGACUCAAAUGUUCUUACACUUCCUGCUCUUUCAGAUCAAACACAGUGACCAAAAGUACCACGGAAAAUGUGACACUGAUCCUCAGCAGACUAGAGAGAUGAUUCUGGCACUGGGAAAACUGGCUUUCCAACAGCUGGAAAAAGGUAAUCUGAUCUUCUAUGAGGAAGACCUGAGAGAGUGUGGCAUUGAUGUCAGAGAAGUGUCCAUGUACUCAGGAGUUUGUACCCAGAUCUUCAGAGAGGAGUUUGGGCUGCACCUGGGGAAGGUGUUCAGCUUUGUGCACCUGAGUGUUCAGGAGUUUCUGGCUGCUUUAUAUGCAUUUCUCUCCUUUAACAGUAGAGAUGAAACCAAACAGCUGACCACUGAUCUCUCUGACAUUUUCAAAGAGUCCAAAAUAUCAGACCUCCACAAGUCUGCAGUGGACAAGGCCUUACAGAGUAAGAAUGGACAUCUGGACCUUUUCCUCCGUUUCCUUCUGGGUCUCUCACUGGAGUCCAAUCAGACUCUCUUACGAGGCCUACUGACACAGACAGGAAGCAGCCCCCACAGCAAAAAGGAAACAGUCCAGUACAUCAAGGAGAAGAUCAGGGAGAAUCCCUCUCCAGAGAAAUCCAUCAAUCUGUUCCAUUGUCUGAAUGAACUCAAUGAUCAUUCUCUAGAACAGGAAGUCCAGAAAUACCUUAGCAAUGAGGAUCUCUGGUAUCACCCACAUCUCAGUGGAGUCAGUCUCUCUCCUGCCCAGUGCUCAGAAGAGGAUCUGGAUGAAGAGGAUCUGGAUGAGUUUAAGCUGAACAGAUAUCAUCCUUCAGAGGAAUGUCUUCUGAGGCUGCUGCCAGUGAUUAAAGCAUCCAGAAGAGCUGAGCUGUGUGGAUGUAAUCUCACAGAGAAAAGCUGUGAAGCUCUGGCCUCAGCUCUCAGCUCAAACUCCUCAAGUCUGAGAGAACUAAACCUCUGUUACAAUAAACUGCAGGAUUCAGGAGUGGAGCUGCUCUCUGCUGGACUGAAGAAUCCACACUGUAAACUGGAGAUACUGAGACUGUGUAACUGCAGUAUUACAGAUGAAGGCUGUGCUGCUCUGGCUUCAGCUCUGAAAUCAAACCCCUCCUCUCACCUGAGAGAGCUGGACCUGAACUACAAUAAACCAGGAGAUUCAGGAGUGAAGCUGCUCUCUGAUCUUUUAAAGGAUCCACACUGUAAACUGCAGACACUACACCUCCAACCACCAUCUAGCUGAUCUGCUCACACACAGAGGGCUAUGAGGAGAGGAUGAAGUCCUAAUACAAACACACACUCAGUAUAUGAUUCUUCAUGGUAAUUUUUGUGGUUUUGGGUUCUUACUGGUCAAAUCUGUGAACACGGCUGCAACACAGGGCUGUGUGUUCUCCCAAUGACAUCACUUCCUGUACCUUCAGUGACCCUUUCAUCAAACUCCUCACAAUUAAAGAUACCACUACAUUGGUAAGGGUGUGCUCAUGGAGGCAGGAGGCAUCAUGACAGCAAUAUAAGCUCAACACUCUAAAGCAGAGAUAAGACUGUAUGUUACUUUAUCAGCACAGAGAUCCUCUUGAACAUCUGAAGGAUCUCAAACUCUGCUGCCUUUCUGUUUUUAUUAGUCAUCAGUUUUCCUGGGGUUUUAAGAUUAAAGAGAGUUUUCAUAAUGUUUUGUUCUGGUUAAACAGUACACACCAUGUCUGGACUUCAUCAGCACUCCAUGAAUGUUGGUGAGGUAAUAAAGUAAAUCUACAAAUCAGUUUAAAUGUGAUUAUGCUGUGAAGCAGCUGUAAUACCUGCAGUGAACAGUAACAGUUAUUUCAUAUUUUAUUUUGAUGUAAUUAAAUAAUUCCAUGUAAUAUUACAUGGCACAAAAUCUAACCUUAUGUUCCAGGGACAACAGUCUUUUAAACCUAUUUCUAAUUUUUCUUUUAUCUCUGUCUCUACAGAAACAUCAUUUAUCAUUAUUGUGUUUUCAUAUUCUUUCACAUGUGUAUUAUGCUAAUAAUCUUAACAAACCAUAACAAGUAUUUUAACUUAAAAAAUAGUUAAGGACUACCAUUUGUUAUAUGUGUGUGUGUAUAUACCGUAAAACAUUAGAGGAUGCUAGAGCGUGUCCUUAAUGAAUUAAAUUCAACAAUUUAAAUUUAAACUGUUUAAAAUAAUAAACAUGGUUAAAAUAAUCUCGUUAGUGAAACACUAUUUUAUAAGGGUGUUUUAUAUCAGCAAAUUAAUUUUUAUAAAGGUUUAAUUAUUUGAAAUUUGAUAUUUACUGCUUCUCCUUCAUCAUUCAGUUAUUGGCUAAAAUCCAGGUGCAUUUCUGGAAAUUCUUG